AUGCAGAUGGCCGAUGACUUGCUUGACGAUAGCUAUGGGGCCUGUAUGAUAAAGGGAAGCCAUCCGGCAAGCCCCGUCGGAAAUACCAUGAGAGAAAAUGCUGUGCCGCCCACGACCCUUCAUCAUUGGUCCCAGAUACUUGCUGACAUGCACACCACGCAGGCCCAACUAGAUGGGAAGGAAAUGGCACUGCAGGGCACAUCCUUCGAGGUCCGGGUGUUCUAA